CAAAGGCAACGCUGGCCUAAGCUCUCUCGUAUGGCUAUUGAUAUCCUCUCAAUAGUACCAAUGAGCGAUGAACCAGAGAGAGUCUUUUCAGGGGCUCGUCGUACGGUAAGCUGGGAUAGGGGGCAGCUAGAAGCCGAGACAAUUGAGAUGCGGGAGUGCCUUAAGCACUGGAAAAGGACUGGAAUUCUAGAUACUUUCUUUAAAUAG